CAUUGCCUGCUCCACCUGUACCACCUUCAGCAGCAGCAAUGAGGAUCCUGGUGUGCGUGUUCCUGUUUGGACUGGCUCUGGCCGAGGAGAAGCAGGUAGAAAAAAGGGGAGUGAUUGGUUCCCUGGGUGGCUAUGGAGGUGCGUCUAUUAGCGGAGGUUAUGGAGGUGGCUAUGGCGGCGGCUUUGGUGGUGGUUAUGGAGGUGGCUACGGAGGCAGCUAUGGAGGUGGCGUCAGCUCUGCAGUUGGAGGAGGUCAAGUAACCAACAUUGCCAUAACCAAGCAGGUGCCCAUCCCGUACCCAGUACCAGUGCAGCGUACUGUCCCAGUACCAGUCAGGGUUCCUGUCACGGUGCCAGUCAACAGGCCGGUACCAGUGCCCGUCCCACAGCCGUACCCUGUCCCCGUGCAGAGGCCAGUCCCAGUACCCGUGAGUGUCCCUAGCCCAGUCCCUGUACCAGUACCACAGCCCGUCGUCGUCAACCAGCCGGUACCUGUCGUCGUGGGAGGAGGACCUGGUGUCGGCGGAGGUCUCGGAGGCGGCUACGGCGGCGGCAUUGGUGGAGGCUACGGUGGAGGCUAUGGAGGAGCCAUCGGCGGUGGCUACAGCGGUGGCUACAGCGGCGGCUACAGUGGUGGCUACUCUGGGGGCAUUGCUGGAAGCUAUGGAGGCUACGGGAAAUACAGCCACUAACAUCAGCAACUGAACCCAACAACUCGGACAUAACACGCCACCAGAACUUCGUUGCAUAUUUCUUACAAUGUUCUGUAAUUGCAGCAGAAAAUAAAAAACAUUUGUAACAUA